AGAGCCUGAAUCCAGCGCCUUAAGACCAUUCGUCAACACUACCAUUGCUCCACAGAUUCACUCACCUGCAGGAGUUGGUCUGGCGUUACACUGGUUUCCAGCUCCCACCAUUUCAACCUCUACUGUCGCUUCACCAAAAACUUCGUGGCUACGUACCGUUACUACAACGGAGGACUGCGAAAGCUUGACUUCCAGAUUGCUCACCCUACCCCUCCAGUUUGCCGAUGCGUUGGCACUGAUUGGCUCAUUUUGACCAGAGGCUUCGUAAACGUGACGUUUAUGUACACCAUUGGUUUGGAAAGCAUGGACAACCAAAAAAAGGCAGCUGGAAGCUCUGGUCCAGAAACUGAUGUUGAGCUGCAGACCCCGGUAUUGCGCAUCAGCCAGCUGGAUGCCCUUGAGCUAGACUCAGCCCUUGAGCAGUUGGUAUGGACCCAGUUCUCCCAGUGCUUCCAGAACUGCCGCCCUGGCCUGCUCACCUCUCUGGAGCCUGAACUGAGGGCUCUGCUCCAGCUGCUCCUGUGGAGGUUCACACUGUAUUCUAGCAGCGCCACUGUGGGCCAGUCUUUACUGAGUCUGCACUACCACAGCACUCUUUCCUCCUCUCCCCAUUACAAACCUCUAUCCCGCAGGCAGAAGUUGGGUCUUGCCCUGUUCACCUUAUGCCCCAGCUGGCUCCAGGAGCGUUACCAUAACCUGCUGCUGUGCUUGGGUUUGUGUUCAGCAGGGCCUGUGUAUGUAAGAAUCAGUGGUUUGCUCCAACAGGGUCUCCGUAGUUGCCUGACCCUUGUUUCUAGUAUUGCCCAGCUCGCAAGACUCAUCAACUUCCUUGUGUUCCUAAGGAAAGGUUGCCAUCCUGUCCUGGCUGAAAGGAUUGUGGGAGCUCAGGCAGUUUUCAGCAAGUCCAGAGCGGUCCGGGACAUAACCUACCAGUACAUGAACCGGGAGCUGCUGUGGCACGGCUUUGCUGAGUUCCUCAUCUUCCUGUUACCACUGAUCAAUGUAAGGAAACUGAAGGCAAGAGUGUCCUCGAUUGUUUUUGGGGGAGAAAGUGCUGAUGGGGAGGAAGUGAGAGAAGUGCAAAGGGUGUGGAAAGAGUGCAGACUGUGCGGAGAGUGGCCGACCAUGCCUCAUACAGUGGGCUGCCAACAUGUUUUCUGCUACUACUGCAUCAAAAGCCACAGCAUUGCAGACACUUGUCUCACCUGUCCCACUUGUGGUGCAGAGACAGGGCAACCUGAGCCAGUCAGGAUGGAAGUGUAGAUGAUUGGUGUUGAUUGAAUGCGCAUACAGUGCACAGACUCAUGACAGACUAACCACCUAUGUUAUUAUGGAAAUUUAUCUUAAAGUUUACAAUAUUUUGAUAAAUUGAUCACAGGAAAGAAUUAUAUUAAAACAUGAAGAAAAGGGUUUUAUAGCGCUUGUUCUGUGAGAAGCCCUCCUCUUUGAAAGAUUCACAAGGUAGUCGUAUAUGAGUUUAUGACUGGACUAAAGUCUUUUUGAUGUCUGUGUCUUUUCUGAACACACAUCGACCUGUUAUGUUUAAUGUAUGUCUGCAUAUAUUGACUAUCCUCUGCCCCUUCUGUUUCUCCAGCUGGACUUUGAACAGAACUAUUUGUCUUUGGUGCACUGGACAGACUACAGAGAAGCACACAGAGCAUAUAUUUGAUGAGUGAACAUGUUGAUUUAUGCUCCAAAUUGGCUCUGUGUUAGUGUGUGUGUGUGUGUGUGUGUGUGUGUGUGUGUGUGUGUGUGUGUGUGUGUGUGUGUGUGUGUGUGUGUGUGUGUGUGUGUGAGUGUGUGUUUGUUGAAAUGGGAAUAUUUGUUCUGAUGAAAAAUGCAGAAAGUCAGCUGAAUAAAUAAUGGGAGGAAUUUAUGUUGCCUCUCAUCAUUGCCAAAUUAGCAUUUGUUGUUUAUUUUGUGCCUAAAUUGUAUUUCAACAUCAUUAAAAUUGAUAGAGUACUACCUCUUGGGUGCUUAUUUAGUUAAGUAGAGGAGAGAGGGAUGAAGGAAAGUUAUAACAAUCAGCACACUUCUCUCUAGACAGGCCUGGUCGUUCUAACUCCCAUUAUCCAUUUUCACAGCACCCCAACAUGCUCAAGAUCAAGGGGGCAGCCGGGGGCUUGGAUUGACUCACACACAAAUGCACAGACUUGACAGCCAGCCUCUCUUUUCCCUUGGCCUUUCUCUCUUUUGCUG